CUGGUAUUAAUCUGUCUCAGAUUUUCUGUCUCUACUCUACUCUCCACUCUUGACUGUUUUCAUAUUGUAUCAUUGUGUAUAGGUAUUGUAAAAUAUACAUUUGCAGCUGGUAGUGUGGCUGCAUUUGUCAGUCAGUCUAUACCAAGUGUCCAAUUCAGAGUAGUCUGUAUUUUUUUUAAUAUACUCUGAUCUGAUGAAUAUUACUUGGUCGUUUUAUAACGAGCACAUACUAGAAACGAGGACGAUGAUAAUGGUUGAGUGUGAUCAGAUUAAUUUUUUAACAACCGUACUAAAAAUGUCUGUGUGUAUACUAUGUAGUGACGUUAAACCACAUAGUUACAAAGCGUAACUAAAAAAACAAACCGAGAGGAGAAGAAUAAUUAAUAAUAAAUCACCAUACACGCUCGCCUCAGGCUACGUUUGUCAGUGCAAUAAGACGUCCAUGCCAUCAUAUUAUUGUCAGCCAUGGCUUCGGUGAAGGUGGCUGUAAGGGUCCGGCCCUUUAAUAAAAGGGAACUGGCCAUGAAUGCGAAACUGAUCGUUCAGAUGGAUGGCAAAAGGACACGGAUAUAUAAUAACAAGAGCCCUGGAAGCUGUAGAGAUAAUGAAAAAGAAAGAUAUAAAGACUUUACAUUUGAUCAUUCUUACUGGUCUUAUGAGCCUACUGAUGAAAACUACGCGUCUCAAGAAGAGGUAUUCUACGAUCUCGGUACAGACGUCAUAGAAAGUGCCUUUGCGGGUUACAACGCCUGUGUCUUCGCCUACGGUCAAACAGGCUCCGGCAAAACCUUCACGAUGAUGGGUUCACCGGAGUCACAAGGCCUAAUACCGAGAAUAUGUAAAACAUUAUUUGCAAGAAUGGCAGCUGGAAAAGACACUGGAGCUUCGUAUAGAACUGAAGUAUCGUUUUUAGAAAUUCAUAAUGAAAGAGUAAGAGAUUUAUUACGGCCUGAUCAAACUCCAUCUCACUCUCUUAAAGUUAGAGAACAUCCAAAGAGAGGCCCUUAUGUACAAAAUCUCUCGAGUCAUCUUGUUUACGAUUACUCUGAUAUUCAGGAAUGUAUGGUGAGAGGAAACACGCACAGAACUACUGCUAGCACAAAUAUGAAUGAUGUAAGCAGCAGAAGUCACGCGAUAUUUACUAUAACUUUUGUACAAGCUGGAUUUUCAGAAGGUAAUAUGCCAUCUGAAACUGUAUCAAAAGUUCAUCUUGUAGAUUUAGCUGGAAGUGAACGAGCAAAUGCUACAGGAGCAACAGGCCAGAGAUUAAAAGAAGGUGCGCACAUAAAUAAAUCACUAGUAACUCUCGGCUCUGUGAUAUCAGCAUUAGCCGAUAUAAGUUCUUUUACGGACUCAAAUAGCUCGAGAAAAAAUGUUUUCAUUCCAUAUCGUGAUAGUGUACUCACUUGGUUACUCAAAGAUUCACUUGGCGGUAAUUCUAAAACGAUAAUGAUUGCCGCUAUAAGUCCAGCUGAUUGUAAUUAUGGCGAGACAUUAAGUACACUUAGAUAUGCUAAUAGAGCUAAAAAUAUUAUAAAUAAACCGACUAUUAAUGAAGAUCCAAAUGUUAAACUAAUUAGAGAACUCAGAGAUGAGAUUAUGAAAUUGAAAUCAAUGAUUGGGAAAGAUGUGAGUAUAGAAAGACCGCCACAACAAAAAGUACUUCUAGCUCAAAUUCAUGAAAAACAAGAACAAGAAAAGGUCCUUACAGAAGAAUGGACCGAAAAGUGGCGAGAAACUCAAAUGAUACUUCAUGAACAACGGGCAUUAGGAUUAAGAAAAAGUGGAGUUGGUGUAGUUUUAGAUUCCGAAAUGCCACAUUUAGUUGGUAUAGACGAUGAUUUAUUGAGUACAGGAGUUACAUUGUAUCAUUUAAAAGAAGGAAAAACAUUAGUAGGAACUGAAGAAGCAAGUACACUACAGGACAUCGUUCUGACAGGUGCAGACGUUGAACCUGAACAUUGUAUCGUGGAACUCGAUGCAGGUGUAGCAACUCUUCAUCCACUUUCUUCUCACUGCUGGAUCAAUAUGACUCAAGUUGAUAAACCAACGAGAUUAUCACAGGGUUGUAUUAUUUUACUUGGUAGAAAUAAUAUGUUUCGUUAUAAUGAUCCAGCGGAGGCUGCGAAACUUAGAAAAGAAGGUGGAACGGGAAAUGGAAAUCUUCAGUCAACAGUUGUUAAUUUAUCACGUUUAUCUUUGCUCAGUUGGAGUGUGUCUGAUCUUAAUGUAUCUUCCUCCAGUGAUAAUUUAUUGAAUUCAAAUGAAGAUUUACGCGCAUUUGAAGAAUUAGAACAACAAAAAGCUGCUUUAAUUAAAGAAAAAGAAGAUUUUAAGAAAGAACAAGAGGAGCGUGAAGAAAGAUGGGCAGCAAGACGUGAAGCUCUUGAGGGCGCACAAAAGGAACUUGAGAGAGAAUGGGGCGCACAAUGGAAAGAAUGGGCUGAUGCAAUAGCUGCUUUAGAAUCACGACAACGUGAUUUACGUACUAGACGACGAGCCUUGGAGCAAGAACGUCGCGACGAGAUGACACAAGUAGAAAAUUUGUGUAGGGAAGUCACCUCGCUACGUACCAAUCUACAGACCAAACUACGACAAUUUGAAGAAUUCAUGAACAAUCACGAUCAUUUGCAGAAACGACAACAUUUUUUUAAUAAGACUGACGAUGCAAUUAGUGAAGAUAGUUACCCUGAGUCAUGGUCUAGUUUGAACGAUCAAAAUUCAUUGGAUGCUAUGAAAGAACUUGUUAAUCAUCAUAAAAAAGAACUAGCUGCUCUAGAGUCUGAACUGCAAAGUAAAGUUAAAUCUUUAAGUGAACAUCAGUCAAGAGUUGACAAAAUGGAAGAAGAAUUAUCGGAAAUGACAGAAAAACAAAAACAAAUGCUUUGUUUGGAGUAUGAAGGUCAAGAAAUAACAGAAAAAAAGUUACAACUUGCUAAAAGAACUCAAGAUCAACUUCAAGAAAUUUUGAAACGCAAACAAAGUUUAACGUUAAAUUUAAAACGAUCAUUACCAGCUUCUUCUUCAGGAAGGUCAAGUAGUAGCAGUGAUAUUUAUUCAAGUCAUGAUUUAAAAUCAUUUCAAGACGCUUGUAAUCGUAAAUUGAGAAUAGCUUCAGCUCUUUGUUUAUUACCAUCAGAUUUGGCUAGUUCUACAGAUACAAGUGAGACAUUUCAUACCGCAGCAGCUGAUUCUCCAGAGUUAAGAUCAUUUUUUCCUGAUAUUAAUAUUGCGGAAAUGAUAGAUAUUAAAUCGAAUAAAAUUGUAGACGAAAAUAUUAAUAAAGAAAAAGAAAAUAAUGAUGAAUUGAAUAACCAAACAGCUGAAAAGACUGAAGUUAAAAAUAGUUUAUUAUCUAGUAUUAGUUUAAAUUAUUCGGUUAAUAGUACUGAAGUUACGCCGAAUAGCAGAGAAUGUAAAGAAGAAAAGGAAGAUAAAGACGAAGAAGUAGUUAUAGAAAAAAAAAUAGACGAUAAAAUUUUAGAAAAACAUAUAAUUUCAAAUUUAAAUGAAGAUAAUGAUAAAUUUAUGACAGAUGAUAAUAUAGAAUCUCAAGAAGUAGCUAAUAUAGAUAAGAGAAUCCAAGAGAAUAAAGAGAUGAAAAGACUGAAUGAAAUGGUAAACCAACAGAGAAUGGUAGUAAUGAAGUGCCUCGAAACAAGUAGCCCCGCAAAAGAUGAAGUUAACCGACAGAUACUAAUUCUACAAGAUCUUCAAAGACAACAAAUUGAAUUAGAAGUAUGGCUGUUGAAACGGGAGAAGCAGUUUAAAUUGGGAAAAGGAGUAUCUCAGAUAUCAAUGAUGAAACCACCGAUUGAUUACGUUGAAACCGAGUCUGAAGAUGAUAGUAAUUGGAAUCUUCCAUCAGGAAGUAAUCAACAAGAGUCUGAUAGAGAUACAAUGAGUGACCGUGUCGAUGAACCACCCAGUCGAUCAAUUACUCCGGGGGUGCCCACAACUCGCGGAUAUUCUUCUGUUUAUCUAAGAAGUUUGAAUCGUGGAGAUUGUUUAGGAAGUCCUUACGCGCUUUCUAUUACCAGAUCGUUGCCUUCCUUAAUACCUAGCGAUAGUACAGCAGACAGUAUAAUAAAUAUGAUAGUUAGUGUGCCAUCAUAUGUAAUUCGAGGUGCUGGAUCGUCCAGUUAUUACGAGUACGAAGUACGAGUUGUCGUACGAGAUGAUAAUUGGACUCUUUUACGUCGUUUUCGACGAUUUCGCGAACUAUGUGUCUACAUGCGUCAAAAAUAUAAAGGCAAGGUAUCUGCGAUACACUUUCCACCUAGACAAAUGUUCAAGUAUGAAAUAAUUGCGCGUCAACGUAGAAAACGACUUGAAGAAUACUUACGACGACUUAUUCAAGUUUGCUCGGAAUUACCAAGCUGUCAAGCUCUUUACAAAUUUCAUGGCAAUCUUAGUAAUAUUGAUAAGCAAUCAUUAAUCGAAUUUAGUUCAUUUUUUCGUCGUGAACCAUUUGAAAAUAGUAAGAUAGAUGCUAGCUAAGAAAUAUUAUUUGGGUCACAGUAUUGGCUCAUAUUAUUUAUUAUUUUAUUUAUUUUAAUGUCUGAUGAAUUUAAUAAGUAGUUGUCAAUUUUAAAAUCCCGUUAUUUAUUGUUAUAUUUUAGUAUGAAUGAAAAAUAUCGUAAUAAUUUACGUUAAUAUCGCGACUUGUUAUAUAAAUAUUUAACGACAAAUUGAAUUAGAUAAUUUUUUAUUUAUAUAACAAGUUUAUUCAUGUAUUACGCGGUGAGCACAAUCUUUUGAUUUUUAAUGGCGUAAACACGCAACAAUGGCCUCAUUAUAUAUUAAUAAUAUAUAUCAGUCUUUUAUGUAUUAUCACUUGAUCGAAUUAUCAGUAUUGAAACUAUUAAUUAAGAAUUAAUUAAAAUAAAUGAUAGUUGUUAAUUUUUCCUCAAAAUGAACCAAUAAUUGAAAUAAUAAAAAAUAAAUAUUUAAUAAUAAUCACUGACCUGAUCUAUGUAUACAAAUAUAUAUAAAAACAUUUAUUAAUAGUGAUAUUUUUUGGGUCGAUUGACAGCUUUUUAUGCGGUAAUAAAUAAAUCGUUAUCCCGAUAGAAAAUUUAAUUUUUCUAAUAAUAAGUCAACAUUAAAUAAAUCUAUAUAAUAAAAAAUAAAAUUUCAAU